UGCCAUUUCGCCGUUCCCAUUCCCAUUCCCACAUCAUAAUCCGCUCAAAAACACCUUGGGCACCCAUUCAUCGUCACGAUAUCUUAGUUCGGUCCAGAAGUACUCAAUAUGGCGACAAGCUCCCUUAGCCGUCGAGACUUCAACGUCCUCGAGAAGAUCAGGGACCCGGAAUCGAAUCCAACAACAGCCGUUCUUGUAGAUGACACAUUGCCCAAAGAUCCGAAUAUAACGGACACAUCUGUAUAUGACCGUGUCUCUCGGAGAGAGCGGGAUAUCGUACUGGCUAUGCAGCAGCUUGAGAUGCAACUAGCUGGUUUGCGGUCAGCAUCAGCAGCAGAGCCGAUACAGGAAUAUCGACAAUGCUUGUCUAAACUCGGGGAACUUAUAACAGAAUACCCUAAAUACGCUAGUGCGCGAAAUAAUAGAGCACAGGUCUUUAGGAGGCUGUACGGAGAUGCACUGCUGUUAUCUGGUGAUCAGACCUCGAGGGGGUUGUUAAACGACGUCGACGAGCUCGAGAAAUCUCAAGCAGCAGACCUGGCUCUUUCCGAUCUAGACCAGGCCAUUUCCCUGCUAACUCCGAAGAGCAUGUUCGCGGCUCUCUCACCACAAGCCGGGAAAACUUUGUCACUCGCGCACACCCAACGAGCAGCGAUCUAUCAUAUGACCUCCAAGUCCUUUCAGGCCGGCAGUAAAAUCAACAUUGUCGGAAGAAAGGAGGAAGCGUGGACGAAGAACGACUUUGAAGAGGCAGCAUCGAGAGAUUUUGCCUUGGGAGGAAGAUAUGGAAACGAUAUUGCGAAAGCUUUGGCUGUGAGUACUAAUCCCACAGCCAAGCUUUGCGGUCAGAUGGUGAGGGAGGCCAUGAAGAAGGAAUAUGGCCCCCCAUAUGCUUCGUAAACAAGUUAUUUGGUUAAUUUCCAAGUUGUUGAGUAACUCCGUUAGAGAACAGCCGUCAGUCGUUGAAAGAGCUGAUCUGAUUGAACCCAUUAAUGAUAAAUAUAAUGACGAAUUCUUCGGUCCUGUCCACCAUUAUCAAGUAUGAACUUCUUGUCUUGAAUUGCUUGUUCCUUAGCCAGUACACACAUGAAGACUGAGGAUGGUGUAGAGGAAGCUGUAUUAAACUCGAUUCUAGUUGGUUGGUACGAUAGUCAUAGCGAUGCUCCAGAAACUAGACUCAGAGUGUAUAGAAUGUAAUAUCACUUAGUGAUAAACACACCCACUAUGGAAUUGUGUAAACAUCCCAAAACCACAAGCCUCUGCUAACAAGACGUAGGAGGUAUGAUGGUUCACUGUUCGAUAUGGGUAUCAUUGCGCUGGUUUACUGAACAGACUACUGACUCGUCUAAAUGAAACCUA